AUGGAUGAAGAUAAGCAAGAACCAAGCAGUGACCUUUAAAUGAACCGCACAGAAUCUUAGGCUGGAUUACUAGAAAUAUAACCUCCUUAGUUAGGUUAAUAAUAGCCGACUUUGGAAUUGCCUGAGGAGGAACAACAAGAUGAUUUUAAGACUGCAAAGAGCGAAUAGGUACAGGGAGAUCAAUAGGUGUAGGAAGGUCCAUUAAAGAAUGAGUCUCAGAUUGGGACGAACUAGCAAUCUGACAUUCAUAAUUCAUUAAAAAUAAACGAGAACGUCAAGAACAUACUAGAAAAAUCAGUAAAUUAAGAUCCAAAGUAAAUUGGGAAUGAUGAAACAAAGGAUGAUCCUCAAAACGUUAUUUCAAAUUUGAUAGAUGAAGGUUACUACCCACCUGAUGAUUGGCAGCCUGAGAAGCAAGAAGAGAUACAACCUUAUAUACAUCCAGAUACAAUUCAAUUCCAUGAUUGUUUCGGAAUGGAUUCAAACAAAAAAAGCAAUUUGUGGCUAAUAGAUUCACAAACUUUUGUGUAUGCAAGUGGCAUCAGUUACCAUUUUUAUAAUUUUGUAUAAGGAACAAAUGAAACAUUUUUCAGUAGAGAUGGGGGUGGCAUUGGAAGUGUUGCAGUCCAUCCAUCCAGGAAGUAUUAUUCAGUGGCAGAGAAAGGAACAUUUCCUAAUGUUUACAUUUAUGACAUAAGUCAUAGAUUAUAUCGAAUACUAAUGAAGGGAACCGAGAGAUCCUAUUCAAAUACAUGUUUCUCCAAGGAUGGUGAUAAAUUUGCAACUGUGGGUUCAUCUCCGGAUUAUUAAAUUUGCAUUUGGGAUUGGAGACAAGAAAAGAUCCUAUUGAAGGCCAAAGCAUUCUCUCAGGAAGUGUAUAAAGUGGGAUUUUCUGAGUAUAAUGUAAAUCAACUGGGUACAAGUGGAAUGGGUCACAUCAAAUUUUGGAAAGUUGCAGAAACUUUUACAGGUCUUAAGUUAAAAGGAGAAAUCGCAAAGUUCGGUUAAGUUGAAUUGUCUGAUGUGUAUGCAUUCUAUCCAUUCCCGGAUGGAAAGGUGUUGAGUGGAACUGAGUAUGGUCGUUUGAUUCUCUGGGAAGGAAAUGUCAUCAAAGUAGUAAUUGGGAUAUCAGAAGAGGAACCAUGUCACAGAGGAGCUAUAGAAUCAAUAUUCCUAUAUAAGGAUUGUAUAGUAACUGGAGGUAAGGAUGGAUUUCUAAGAUCUUGGAAAUUAACAGAAUUGGAUCAAGCGGAAGGAGAUGAUCAACUCAAUUAUUUUACUCAGCCCAUAAAAUCCUUAGAGUUGAUUGAUGAUGAAGAGAAUGCACAAAUUAUUUAGGUUGUUAUUGAUGACCAUUUUUGGUUAGUUGGCGAUUAAGGGGGUAGAGUUUGGAGAGUUGAUUGGGAAGCUGGCAAGACUUAAAUAAUCUACAGAAAUAAUUCAGGUGCUUAUUUAGAUCUUACUCCUUCGCCCUAGUUGAAUGCAGCAAUUACAGUAGGUGAUGAUGGGGCUAUCACUUUAUGGGACUAUGUCAAGUGUGAAUAGACUUACAAACGUAAAUUUGCUAAGAAAGCUAUGUGUAUCUAAUGGAUGCCAUUUACAAUGACUAAUAAAGGGAGAGUAGUUGUUGUUGGAUAUAGUAAUGGUAUUGUUAGAUUUUUAUUGCUCAAUUAAAAUAACUUCGCAUUAUUGAAUGUGUAAAAAGUACAUCCGAAUCCAAUUUAGAAAAUAAUUGUAUCCAGCAACACCAAUUAUGUGGCUGCUUUAUCGACUAAAGGUGAGAUAUUUAUUCUCAAAUAUUCUGAUUCCAACAUCCAAGACAUUCAAGCAUAUUGUUUAUGGGAAACUAAGCUUGGUAUCAAUGAUAUUUGUUUUGAUAAAACAGGAACUAAAAUUAUGAUGGCAUGCAAGGAUGGAUAUCUGUAUGAAGCUAUAGUACCUAGCGAUGUUGAUAAUAGUGAAAAUUACCUUUAAGAAUUUAAUGCUACUCAAUAUUUAGUUAGAAUGAUGGAAUCUUAAAAACCUAAGAAGGAGGAUCUCGAUUUUUAAUUUCUAAUGAAACUGAAGGAUGACAAAAUGCCAGAUGUAGAGUGGGAUCCUGCAAGCCUAAUGAAUGUUGUGUAUUAUGGAGAUAAGGUGUUUUGUACAGCAGAAGGGAAAUAUUUAGGUUGUUGUUACAUCAUAGAUCUUAAUAAAGAUAGACCAAUCGAAAUGAUUCCGAUAUAAAAGAUGUAGACUUAUCAUUUGGACUAUAAAGAUGAUGUAUUGACUAUAGGAUAUAAAAAUGGGCAGUGGGACAUUCGUCACAAAACAGAUUUUAAUAAAUAGAUCAAUAAGUAAUCUCAUGAUAUGGAUUAUGGACGUGUUCGUAAAAUAAGUUUGACCUUUGAUAGAACUGGAGUGUUGAGUGUAAGUGAUGAUGGAACAUUCUAUGUGUAUAAGUUAGAUUUCCAAAGUUUCUUAAUGCAAUUGAGUGGUACUGAAGUCCAAGAUUUCUAAUACCCAGAAUUUACAAUGGGUAUCAACAGUGGAACAUUUGUGGAAGAGAUUGCAUUUGAGGAGCCUCAAGAUAUAUUGGAUGAUACUAUAUACUCAAUUUAAUAAGCUAAAUUAUUGGCUGAGGAAGAUAAUCGCAGGAAUGAGGCAAAUAAGAAGAAAGAGACUGUCAAAUCCCGUAUUUAGUAAUUAAGAGAACAAUUCUCACAAGUGAGACAGAAGAAUCAGACAGCAGAAGAAGCUGCAAAAUUGACUGAAGAGGAAUUGUGUGUGGAUCCUGAGUAUAAGUAGAUGUUGUUGGAUAGAGUAGCUGAAGAUGUGGAGGAAACCAGAUUAGAGUUAGAGUGGGAUAGAACAUUAGCAAAAAUGAAGGCUGAUAAGCUGAAGACAUAUAUGAUAGAUGAACUAGAGAUAGAUAAAUUAAUGGUUAAAGGAUUCAGGAACCAUGCAUCGGUUUAGACAUUCAAAGUCAAAAAAUUAAGCAACUUCCUUAUUGAAUAAUUGAAAGAGACUUAUCGUUUGAUUGAUGAAGAACGAAAGAAUCAAGAAAAUUAACCUUAGAUUGAGAAUAAGAUUUAAGAAAAAAUAUAAGCUCAAUCAUAAAUCAAAAUUACCACAGUUGAUAUGAAAGAGGAAUAAUAAAAGGCAACAAUUUAGUAAUUGGAUCCUGAUUAGAAGAUACCAUAGGCAAAGUUAGAAAGGGAGAGAUUACGUUAGGAGGAGGAAAGAAUUAAGAAGGAGUAGGAGUUACUUGAGAAAUCAAAACCAAUUGAAUUGGCAAAGCCAGAAAAUGCUCCAGAUAUUUAGGAAGCCAUUAAAUAAUAUGGGGAUUAUAAGUUGAAGAGUUCGCCUAAUUUUGAAGUACCUGACAAUUAGAGGAUGAAUGUCAGUAAGAAAAGAAAACACAUUUACAUGUUAGAAGAGUUUAUAUAUAAUACUAAAUUGAAAUUCAAUUAAUAAUUAUUAAAUUUGAAGAAAAGGAAAGUGAAUUUGAUAGACAAGAUAAAGAAAUAUAAUUAGUCAAUAAAGAAGAUCAAUGAAUAAUUGGGAAAGUAAGAACAAUUAUUCUAACCUGAGAUUGAUAAAGAAUUGGAGGAUCCCCAUAGUUUUAUGGAAAUUAGUGAUGAACAAAUAAAUGAGUUUAUCAGUAAAUUGUAAUAACAAUAAUAAAAGAAGGAUGAACAAAAGAGGAUUGCUCCUGCUCAGAUUUCCAAGCCAACUGAAUAAAAUUAGAUUAAGACAAGAAAGGGUAUUAGAGUUUAGUAAUCAAGUAUGGAAGAAGAGAUGAAGACUAUUCAAGAUAUGGUAUUGAAUGCAGAGAAAUAAAGGAUGAUUGAUGAGAUGUAAGAAGAAAUAGUGUAAUUUGAUAAAGAUGUUGUUAAAUGUUAAAAUGAGAAGAAUGUUCUUGAAAGUGAUAUGUUGAUUGCUCAAAUGAAAUUAGUAACAUAUUACUAAGAAUUAAUCAUUUUAGAGGAUAUGGAGGACUUUGAUAAUAAGUUAAUAAAAGAAGUUUUGGAUUUUAAAAAGGAAAAGUAGAAUCUAGAAUCAUAAGUGGAGAAAAUCAUGGAGAAUCUGGCAACACUAUAGAAGAAAGAAUAACAAAAUGAUAAAGAUUUGAUAGAGUAAUUGAAGGCAUGGAAGGAGUUGGUACAUCCUGAUGAUGAAUAGAAGAGAAAUAAAAUUCAUGAUUAUUAUCGUAAGAAAUUCAAGAGGGAGAUGUAAAAGAGAUUGAAGAAACAAUAAGAGAAGGAACAUUCAGAUUCUGAGGAGAACGAAGAAGAUGAGGAAAAUGAGGAUGAUAAUGAUGAUGAUAUCGUAUCUGAUGAUGAGGAGGAAAAGCCAGAUAUCUCUCCUGUUGAAUAAGAUCCUAAAGUUAGAGAUGUAAUUGAAAAGAUAUGUGGAUUAGAAGAAUAGUAGGACAAUUUCAAAUAGGAGAAAGUACAGAAUGAACAAUAGAAGUCUAAGUUGGCUAAUAAAAUUGCUUAGAAUGAUACCUAUUUGAAGCGAGCGAAUGAUGAUUUGACUUAAUAUUAGAGGAAGAAACUAUAAAGAGUAAAUCAAUUGGAUGUGAGUUUUGUGUUGAAAUUAUCGCAAGUUUAAAAUCUUAAUGAUCAAAAGCAAUUACCUACUGAUCUGAAUAAAUCAAUAUUAUUUACUGAAUAUGAUUUUUUCAAACUUUGCAAAAGAAUUGUCGAAUUGAAACAUGAGCAAGGAAAAAUUACAAAAUAAAAGGUUUAAAAAGAUAAAACCAAGAAGAUGCAAGAGAAGGAAAUUAAAUUGAAAGAUCUCAAAAUUGAAGAUUUGAAUAAAAAAUAUGAAGAGAAGCAUAUGCUCAAAUUUGGAGAUAUCAUUGAUCUAAAGAUACUUGAUGCUUUGGAACCGACCAAGGCUGUCUUAGAUAUGAGAGCAUAAUUUAAUUAGGAGGAGAAGGAGGCUCAAAGAAAGGUAUCUAGAGCCAAAGAAGAAUUGUCGAAAAUGAAGCAAUAAUUAUUAGAAGUGAAAAGAGAAAAUACUAAGAUAUUUACAAACAUUACUAAAUUAGGAAAGCAACAAAUGGAUUUAAGUAAAAAGCUAACUUCUGGCAAUAAAUAAUUGUUUAAGGGUGAUAAUAAGGAGAAAAGAACAGAUAUGGAAAGUGACAGGUAGAGUUUAGAAGAUCUAGUCAAAUUUUUGGGUAAGGAAAUAGAGGACCUAAAGAACGAGAUUGGAUUAUAUAAAAAGAAAGGUGGACAUAUCUACACGAGCAUUACAUAAACGAAUCAAAACUUAGUUUAAAGAUGA